UCUAAGGCCCGGUCCCAAGCCGCGCUUCAAAGACAAAGGAAGAAAAUAAGAAGCGAGUUUAUGAGUCCAAUCUCCGUGAAAUUUAACCGUCUUCUUUUACAUUUGAUGUUUUUUGCGGAGUCUAUUAAGAAGAAAGAAUAACGAAACUCAAAACGUCAAGUAAGUGUCAAAUGAAGAAAAUCUUGGAUACAGUAGAAUAUGAAUGAAUUACUACAGCAACAUGGAUGCUCCAACGUAUUCACCGUCCCAGAAGGCCUCAGGGAGCUCAUGUCCGAUAUCUCCAGAGAGGUCCUUCGCGCGCAACCAACAAGGAUAUACGACUUCAUAGCAAAUUAUCUGUCCGUACUGCUAAUUACAAGAGAACACGGUAUUCUAGCAGUGAGAAUUCUGGACGAUCUUUGUGACUGCAAGCCAUCGGUGUCUGAACACCUAAUUCAGAUCGGGUUUAACCAACCUGAAGCUGAACAGCUUGCACAGAUAAUUAAACAGGAGAUUGAAGGAGACGAGCCUACUGAAGGGACAGAGAAAGUAAAAGAACUAGAAAUAUUAAAAAGGAUCCUGAGCACCAAUCCAUUGGAUGAAGACAUGACGGCGAAAGUUUGCCAGAUAACCAGAAAUGCGUACCGCGACUAUUGGUACAAAAAGAAAUUGCUGGAACAGAGCUUGAAGGUGCAAGCUGACGAACCAUGGGAAGUAGCUGCACAACACACACUAGAAAUAUAUAAGAAGACUAAACCUUCUUUCACCGAAUUAACCAGAGCUACUGAGAAAAUACAAGCUGCGUACCGAGGUUACUAUAUCCGCAAGAACAUGAUAAGACAUCUGAAACUCGAGGAGAAGAAGAAAAAGCAAUCUCCAAAAGUAGAACUCUUGGGAGCGCCACUGGACAUUGCUGGUUCCAGAGAAAUAGAGUUGGGACAUGUUAUUGACAUAAAAGAGCAAGUACAUGAAGAUGACGUCGACAAUUUGUUCGGAGAAGUUAUAAAGGAUGAUUUGGGGCUCAAAUAUGAUCCUCAGAAGACCAUCGCCCAUACUCCAGAUAUCAGCUCUUCUUUUGAUCGCAAGGAGUCCUUAAACGACGAUAGCUGGAUGGCGAGACAGGAGAGAGGUCAGAGCCGAAUGGUGCCGGCGACGGUUAUUGAAUUCCCUGGAGCUAAAGAUUAUUCCGAUUCUGUGGAAGCAGAACAAGAGUAUUACAAAGCAACCUCGGAAUCCACGUAUGACACAGCUAAAGAAGUACCUGAAGAGAUUGAAGCAGAUGACGCAGUAAGCGUAGCAAAGUCAGUUGAGACCGAAGGAGACGCUGACACUGCCUUUACCAGUGACGUGGAAAAUACUGAAUACGUUGAUACCGAAGAUAACGAAGUUGAAGAAAGUGUGCAAUAAUCAUUAGAUGCUAGCUCACAUCCUUAGUUCUGCUGAGCGUUGUACUGAAUUUAAUGUCGUGGUUUGAUUAAAAUACAGUUGGAUUUAAAUUAUGAACACGUU